UCGGUGCAUCCGCCCUCUCUACUCUGUGCAGCCUGUUGCUGCCAAACCAGUUGGCAGGCUAUGUGAUUUAAAUGAUUAGAAAGCCUUUUUGAACUCAGGUGACAUCUUCGUUUAGAGAGACUUCUGCCUUAAACUACAAUUCUGGAUUUGAGUAAAUUCUCAGGGAGCGCACUUUUGGGGGUGGGGUGGGGGGGAGGCGUCGCACCUUCUUCAACCUCUGUGGUUGUGAUUUUUGUUUUGAUUUUUUUUUUUCUUUUUCUUUUUUUUUUUUUUUUCCUGCGCGAUUUGAAUGAGUUCUUCCUGGUACACCAUGCCGUUCUGGAGCAGGAGCCGGUCUAGCGAAAGUGCGGCACCGUGUGCAUGAGUUGCCGAAACUUAAAUGUGCAACAAGAACAGCCAGCUGAUCACCGCGCCUCUUCUGGUCAGGUCUCCCAACCUGACUCCCUCCCUUCUCAAUCGGCUGCAGAACAACCUCUCCAGGAUGGUCUGCCUGCGCGCACCGGGAGCUGCGGGCGCCCUUAAAGCAACAGUUUUCCUCCUCAACAUCAUCUCCGCUGUGGUGGCGAAGAGACACGUGGUUUACUGGAACUCUACGAACACAAGGUUGACAGCGGGAGAUCUGUCUGUCCAGUUGAAUCUCAAUGAUUACCUGGACAUCUACUGCCCCAGCUACCCCAACUCGGGGAGUUUGGUUCCGGAGCAGCCGGAGACUCUGGUCCUCUACCUGGUGGAGGAGGAGGCUUUCAAAGGCUGCGUGGAAACAAAAAAGGCCGUCAAGAGGUGGGAAUGCAACACCCCGUUUGCUCCGUUUGGACCGGUCCGCUUCUCUGAAAAGAUCCAAAGGUUCACCCCGUUCUCGCUUGGCUUUGAGUUUCUGCCAGGGAGACACUACUACUACAGCUGUAAGUAGAGGGGUUG